CGGGUUCCCGCUCCGCAGGGCUCGGCUCCGAGAUGGUGGCAGCGGCAGCGAGCGAGGCAGGGAGGGCGUGUGCGUGUAUGUAUGUGUGCGCGCGCGCGCCGCGUGUGCGUGUGCGCGGGAGGGCCCCGCGCUCCCCUGCGCGCCCAACUCCUGUCUCCUGCUCUCCACGCUGCGAUGCCAGCAGAAUCCCUAACGCGCGCUCCCACCCGCCCCGGCGCUUACACUCGCACACACACGCGCACUCCCGGGCGCGCACACAUCCCCGCCGCCGCACACCCGGCUCCGCACUCCUGGGGCGCUCACAAAGGCCCCUUUGCCCCGGCCCGCCGGAGCCCCCGGAGUGCGGCCCGCGGGGCCUGUGGAGUGGCCCUGCGUCCCUUUUCCCGGCUGGCCCCGCCUCAGGUCCCCGGCCGCUCCCAGAGGGGGCCCCUCGGGCGUCCCCGCUCCCCUACCAUGCCCGGCCCGGCCGCGGCCGCGCUCGCAGCCCGAUCCCAGAUCGGGACGCCCAACUCUGGCUUCCGGCGCUCCCCCCACCCCCGAGAAGCUGGCCCCCUCCUCCUCGCCUGCGCCGCCGUCCGCGCCGCGUGUUCCCUCGCUCCUUUCUGCCCCCCUUUCCUGUCCCUGCCUCUCCUUUUAUCUCCUCUCUUUUCUCCCACCUGCUCCCUGUUCCCCGUCCUCUAUCUCUCCCGCUGUCUCUUCGUCUAUCUUGCCGCCGCCCUCUCUCGCGCCCCCUCCUCCCCACCGCCCUGCGCUGCCUCUCACAUUCUCCGCAUUACACUGGGCGCUGCCCGCCUCCCGGGACCAGGGUUCGAGAGCUCAACGAGCGGCCAGGGGACCUGCCGCGCACCGGCCCCGUCGCCACCUCCGCUCUCCGCUCGCUCCACGGCUCCUGGCUCUGGCCUGGCGGGCGACGACGUCCCGCGCUAGCCUCGGCUGUCGCUGACAGCUCCCAUCUCGCCCGGGCUUAAAGGGAUAGCGCACCGGGCGCAACCCGCCCCACCCGGGGGCGCCAAGGAGGGCGGCCUCGCCGCGCCGGAACAGUCCGGGGCGGUGGUGCAGCCCGGGCGGUGCGGGGCGGCGCCCUGUCCGCCACCGCUGAUACCCGGCCCUUCGGGGCUGGAGAGAGUAAUGCACCCCAUUUGACACUGCAUACUCACUGCAAGCUGCUGGCACUCGCCAUGGCCGCCGCCACUGCAGCUCGCUGUGCCCGGCAGCUCCCUGCCCUUCUGCCAGGCGAGUCAGCCCCUCAAACAGCAGACCGGCCUUCUGCAAAGCCAGGAGGAAAGGGCCCCCUCCGGGGACCUCCACCCCUUCUGCCCAGGAGAGAAGUGUCUGGUCCUGGCCCUCCCUUCUCUCCUGACCUGGCCUCAUGCCCUGACAGCAUUAUCUUAUGGGGUUGAUUGAGAACAGAGACCAUGGGAUGCUGUGAGUGCUGACUGCUAACAACACGCUGCCCAUGGCGAGGGGCAGGGGCUGGAGGUCAUGCCCGCACGGCCACUGCUGAGAGAUCCAGGCACAAAAACCAGUCCCGAGCCUCCUGACAACACUGGUGCUGUCCAGGCUCGUG